AUGGCAAUUAGUAAACUUAAGUUUAUUCAAGACAAGAAAACUGCAUUGACAAAGCAGCAAAGGCGCCAAUUAGCAGAUCUCUUAAACCAGGGAAAAGAAUCGAGUGCUAAGAUUAGAGUAGAGAACAUUAUACGUGAUGACAUAUAUAUUGAAUUGCUUGAAUUCUUGGAGUUGUACUGUGAGUUGUUACUUGCAAGAAUAUCUAUUAUAUUGGAUCAGUCCCGAACUACUUGUGAUCCAGGAUUAAAAGAAGCAGUACAUUCGAUAAUAUAUUCGGCUCCCAGCACAGAGUUGAAGGAAUUGACCACGAUACGGGAGAUGUUGGUAUUAAAGUACGGGGUUGAAUUUGGAAAAAUCGCCAUGAAUAAUGAGGAUGGUGCAGUCCCCCAAAAAAUCGUAACUAGAUGUCAGAUAGAAGCACCAUCGGAAACCUUGGUCAAUUUGUAUUUGUGUGAGAUUGCAAAGGCUUACCAGGCUCCUUAUUCUGGAAUGAAGGAUUUGGAACCUUCAGACGAAGAGGAUGCGUUAGACGGGGAGACCGACGAUUUAGAUGACAAAGAUGAUGAUGAACCAAGUGGCGGUGAAGCUUUGAAAAUUGAGCCAGGAGUAGAGGAACCUAUACUGGAGAAAGUUUCAGAAGUUAAGCAGAAAAAGAAGGGUGCAACAUCAGCUCCUCGUACGGACCAAAAUGACUUUGAUUCGUUGAAAGCCCGCUUUGCUGCAUUGAAAGGAGGCCCCAAAUAA